AUUAGUGAUCUGUCCGGUUGAACCAUCUGGUUUAAACCCAAGGUGAUGAAAGAAAUUCUUACAUUGAACCAAAUCUUGAUCAGCUGAAACCAGAAACCGAUAGCAAACAGUGAAAAAACUACUGGUUGGACUGUAGCUUUAAGUUAUUUGUUGUCCAGUUUGAGUUGUAAAUGUAUUUAUUGUAGUUGUGUGUGUCGUACUUGUAAAAGGGAAAAAAGUAUUUAUAUUUUAUUUCAUAUUUUUAUACCGUCUAAAAAAAUAAAUUUGGUAAGUAAAAUUUCUACAUCUGAUUUUCUUUUAUUGUAUGCAGCUUUAAGAGAUUAAUAUGAAAUGUGAUUAGUAGUUUUAAAAUUAUAGACAAAAUAUUUAAAAUGUGAAUCACUCUUAGAUCCCAACAUAUCACCUACAAAAAAAUUGAAAUUGGUUAGUAUGUAAUAUCUACCAUUUGAAUUGUACUACCAAAAUUGAAUUUAUCGUAACAUGAAGCUAGUCAUGCUAAAAAUCUAAUUAUAAGAGAGAAAACACUAAAAGUAGGAAAUUUUAUUUCGCAAUUAUCAGAAUUUUUAACGAGUAAAAAUUCAAAUUAGAUAAUCUCAAAUAUAAAACAUUAGAAUUUUAGUUUAUUUAGUUUGACAAUUAUUUAUUUUUUUUAAAAGCAAAUGCAAUCAUAGACAGAUAAAUAGAAGAUCGAAUUCUAGAAAAUACGUUUAAAGUUAUUAAUUGAGAUACUCAUGCUUUCUUUUUCAUGUUUACAAAUUUUUUUUUUGUUUUAGAUACUUAUCUAAAACUCCAAUGUUGGAGGUGUUAUUAUAGUUGUCUCUUGCGACUCUAUUUAAUAUAAACAAAAGUGCACUAAAAGUCCGCCAAACUAUAUAAGAAAAAAAAUAAUUAUUUUCUACUAAUAUCGUGGACAAUAGGAAAGAUGAUUUGGAAAAAAUACUAAUGUAAUCAUUAGUUUUCUUGCUAUUAAUCUUUGCAAAAUUUUUUUUUUUUAAUGUGAGUCAAGUUUUGUUUCAUUUGUAAAUAACUAAAUCUACCAUAUAUAGGCAAAAGAACAACAAUAUGGAUCAAUCUUUUUUUUAAUAUGAUUAUAGUAUAUAGUGUUAGCACAUUAACUAUUUGAAAUAAUCAAAUAGACAUAAGUUAAAUUGUUUUCAUUUAAUUAUAUAUAUUUACAGCAUUUAUUUUAUUAGGAAUAGAUUAUUAAAAUUUGCAUGUAACUAUUACUUUUAAAAUUUUGAAAUGAAAAAUAAUUUAUACUAUAUAAUUUUUAUAUGGAUUUUUGUAUAUUCAUUAUUACAUUAGUUAAAUUUUAGUAUGGAUUUUUGUAUUUAUAUUAUUAAACAUAAGUUUAUAUGUACAUAUGAUUUUGAUUUUACUAUAUGAUUUUAGUAUGGUUUUUUGUAUUUCAGAAGUGCUUUUAAAAAAUACAUAAACAUACAUCUUUUAAAACACUGAAAGAAUGUCAAUUUAAGCUACUAUUUAAGAAAUUACAUAUAUAAUGCCAUGGGUUGCUAAAAAAAACAUAUAUAAUGUCAUGAUGAUAUAAGUAACGGAAAGAACAUUUUAAUUGCUAUUAUACUAAAUCGAAUUCACUAAAUAAUAAGUUCUUGAUUUUAGUUCUUAUAUCCAAACCAUAUUUAUGAUAAAAUGAAAUUAAUAUAUGGUCUAUUUUCACAAUUGUACCCUUUCCUUUCACCUCAUAAUGUUAUCCUCAUGACAAAAAAAAAAAAAGUCAACAAAAAUUAAUUUCUACUAUUUUCACCAAUUAGUACACCCAAACUGUAUUGACAUAGCUAGAUUAACAAUAAUAACAGAAUUAUGGUCUUCAUCUUCUUCUUUCUUUCAGGGUGAGUUGUUAAGAAAAAUAGAAAAUAGCUAAAAAGGAAAAGAAAAAGGGAAACAGAUAACAAAUAAUCUUAUUUCUGGAAUUCAAAGCCUCUAUGGAUUCUCUCAAGAUCAAACAUAUAAAUUUCGUAAUUUUUUAAUAUGGUUUUUGCUCAUAGAAGAUGAAACUUGACACCCACGUUUGAUUUGAAAAAGAACACCAACCCUACCAAAUAUCCAUUACGCCCACAUCAAUCUCAAGCUUUUCAUCAUCAUCUGGUGUUUAUUAUUGGAUUCUCAUCGUUAAUCCAUUGGUCUGAAUGGCAUAUUGAAGGGUGAUUAAGAGAACCACCUUACAUACUCCUAAACAUGACUUCAUCUGGUAAAAGAAGCACAAGGCGAGGAUCAUCAUCAGCUUCCAAGAAACCGGUUCUCCAACCCCAGGAUAGUGGAAGCAGUAGCCUAAAUGAGAACCCCUCACCCAAACCCGGUUCACCUCUCCCUGAACCGGUUUCUUCAAACACCGAGAGAACCGUCAAGACGCUACGAUUAUCCAAAGCCAUCACCAUCCCCGAGGGAACGACCGUCUUCGACGCUUGUCGAAGAAUGGCUCGUAAAAAAGUCGAUGCAGUUCUUCUAACAGACUCAAGCGCUCUUCUUUCAGGCAUUGUCACCGACAAGGACAUAGCAACAAGAGUGAUCGCAGAAGGGUUAAGACCAGAACACACUCUUGUCUCCAAAGUCAUGACAAGAAACCCUAUCUUCGUCACUUCGGAAUCUCUCGCCAUCGAGGCACUUGAGAAGAUGGUUCAAGGGAAGUUCAGACACUUACCGGUCGUAGAGAACGGUGAAGUCAUCGCUCUUUUAGACAUAACAAAAUGCCUCUACGACGCUAUCUCUCGUAUGGAGAAAGCAGCUGAGCAAGGAAGUGUUUUAGCUGCUGCUGCUGUGGAAGACAUUGAACGUCAAUGGGGAAGUGACAACACCUCAGCUCCAUAUCCUUUCGUUGAAACGUUAAGAGACCGUAUGUUCAAGCCUGCCUUGUCCACAAUCAUUACAGAACACUCAAAAGUUGCACUCGCGUCUCCCUCAGAUCCCGUCUUCGUAGCGUCCAAAAAGAUGCGUGAUCUACGUGUUAACUCAGUGAUCAUAACCGUUGGAAACAAGAUCCAAGGCAUUCUAACGUCAAAGGACAUAUUGAUGAGAGUCGUGGCUAAGAAUAUCUCCCCUGAGUUAACUCUUGUGGAGAAAGUAAUGACACCAAACCCUGAAACUGCAUGCAUGGAGACAACAAUAGUCGACGCGUUGCAUGUCAUGCAUGAAGGCAAAUUUCUACACCUUCCGGUUUUAGACAAGGACGGGUACGUAGUAGCGUGUGUUGACGUAUUGCAAAUAACUCACGCGGCUAUGUCCACCGUUGAGAGUAGUCCAGGAGCUGUUAGCGACAUGGCCAACACCAUGAUGCAAAAGUUUUGGGACUCGGCUCUCAGUUUAGACCCGCAUCCACCUGAGGAUUACGAAACUCACAGCGAUUUGUCGUCUACGAUGUUGUUGAACUCGGAGGGAGGAGGAGGAGUAGACUCCGGGAAGCUGCAAUCUUGUGGGAGUGUGAGUUUGUUUGCUUUUAAGUUCGAAGAUCGUAAAGGGAGAGUGCAUAGGUUUGAGUCGACGGGGGAGAGUUUUGAGGAGGUGAUGAGUGGUGUGGUGCAAAGAUGUGAUGAUGGCGAUCUAGGGGUUCAGAUAAUGUACGAGGAUGAUGAAGGUGACAAGGUUUUGAUUAGUAGGGACAGUGAUGUUGUUGCUGCGGUUGCUUUUGCUAGGUCUUUGGGACAAAAGGUUUUGAGAUUGCAUGUGGAUUUUGCGGAGAUGGUGAGUGUUGAGAGAAGUGGAGAUUUGUUUGAGGGGAGUUGUGGUGAUGGCUGCGGUUGGGUUUGGUGGCAGGCUGGAGUUGUGGCUGGGGCUGUUGUCUUGACGAGCUUAGGUUUUCUUGUUUACCUGAAGCGUUCCAAGAAAUGAUAUGUAUUUUAAAUGAUUUAAAUCGAAAAUGUGGUUUUUGUCUUUUUCGAUUAACAUUUGUAAAACUAGUUCCUGUAAUGAUAUUAUUAUUGUUGCGAAAAAACGAUGAUGUCUACUAAUCUAUUUUUUUCAACUUCUUCAGUGUAAAAAGUAAAAAAUGCAGGCUGUGGGGUUCGAACCCACGCGCACUUAUGUGCAGAAGAACUUAAGUCUUCCCCCUUAACCACUCGGGCAAACCUGCUUAUUGGAAAACAAGGUGUAUAUUCAUACAUCACUUGCUAGUUGUUUACAACGUUUAUAACCGAGAAGAACGAUUCUGGUUGAUCCAAUUAAUUUGGUAUGAGUGCCUUUGCGCUCUAGUGAUCUUACGAGAGUGGAAAACUUAUGGAAACGUUCAACAAACGCAAACAGAUUUUUUUCAUAUAGUGUGCGGUUAUAAGUUUCAAAGAAACACAUUUUUACCAGACAUUAAGCAGUCACAGCGUAGAACACUUUUGCUGAUAAAAUCAGCCUCUACGCCAUCCACACAUGAAAUUAAAAGAAGCCGAAAUUAGAUUAUAAAAGAAGAGCUGCUGUCCUCUUUAAAGGCAGAGCUAUCUCAGGUUUUUUUCUUACAAAAAUAAGCAACUUAAUCCCAACAAGAGUGGUUUGGAAAAUAAACCAACAAAGGGAGAAAAAAAAA